GUGCGCUCCGGGGCCGGGCGAGAGGAUGCGCAAGGUGGAGAGCCGCGGGGAAGGGGGCCGCGAGGAACUGGGAAGUAACAGCCCUCCACAGAGAAACUGGAAGGGAAUUGCUAUUGCCCUGCUGGUGAUUUUAGUUGUAUGCUCACUCAUCACUAUGUCAGUCAUCCUCUUAACUCCAGAUGAACUCACAAAUUCAUCAGAAACCAGGUUGUCUUUAGAAGACCUCUUCAGGAAAGACUUUGUGCUUCAUGACCCAGAAGCUCGGUGGAUCAAUGAUACAGAUGUGGUGUAUAAAAGCGAGAAUGGACAUGUCAUUAAACUGAAUAUAGAAACAAAUACUACCACAUUAUUAUUGGAAAACACUACUUUUGUAACCUUCAAAGCAUCAAGACAUUCAGUUUCACCAGAUUUAAAAUAUGUUCUUCUGGCGUAUGAUGUCAAACAGAUUUUUCAUUAUUCGUAUACUGCUUCGUAUGUGAUCUACAAUAUACACACUAGGGAAGUUUGGGAGUUAAAUCCUCCAGAAGUAGAGGACUCUGUCCUGCAGUACGCGGCCUGGGGAGUCCAAGGGCAGCAGCUGAUUUACAUUUUUGAAAAUAAUAUCUACUAUCAACCUGAUAUAAAGAGUAGUUCAUUGCGACUGACAUCUUCUGGAAAAGAAGGAAUUAUUUUUAAUGGAAUUGCUGACUGGUUAUAUGAAGAGGAACUUCUGCAUUCUCACAUCGCCCACUGGUGGUCACCAGAUGGAGAAAGGCUCGCCUUCCUAAUGAUAAAUGAUUCCUUGGUGCCUAACAUGGUUAUCCCUCGGUUUACUGGAGCUUUGUAUCCCAAAGGAAAGCAGUAUCCAUAUCCUAAGGCAGGUCAAGUGAACCCAACAAUCAAAUUGUAUGUUGUAAACCUAUAUGGACCAACUCAUACUUUGGAACUCAUGCCACCAGAUAGCUUUAAAUCAAGAGAAUAUUAUAUCACUAUGGUUAAAUGGGUAAGCAACACCAAGACGGUGGUCAGAUGGUUAAAUCGACCUCAGAACAUCUCCAUCCUCACAGUCUGUGAGACCACUACUGGUGCUUGUAGCAGAAAAUAUGAGAUGACAUCAGAUACAUGGCUGUCUAAACAGAAUGAGGAGCCUGUGUUUUCUAGAGAUGGUAGCAAAUUCUUCAUGACAGUUCCUGUGAAGCAAGGGGGUCGUGGAGAGUUUCACCAUAUAGCUAUGUUCCUUGUCCAGAGUAAAAGUGAGCAAAUUACUGUGCGGCAUCUGACGUCAGGAAACUGGGAAGUGAUAAAGAUCCUGGCAUAUGAUGAAAUUACACAAAAAAUUUACUUUCUGAGCACCGAGUCAUCUCCCAGAGGGAGGCAGCUAUACAGUGCUUCUACUGAAGGCUUAUUGAAUCGUCAAUGUAUUUCAUGUAAUUUUAUGAAAGAACAAUGUACAUAUUUUGAUGCUAGUUUUAGUCCCAUGAAUCAACAUUUUUUAUUACUCUGUAAAGGUCCAGGGGUUCCAGUGGUCAGCCUACAUAGCACAGACAACCCAGCAAAAUAUUUUAUUUUGGAAAGCAAUUCUAUGCUGAAGGAAGCUAUCCUGAAAAAGAAGAUAGUAAAGUCAGAAAUUAAAAUGCUUCAUAUUGACGACUAUGAACUUCCUUUACAGUUGUCCUUUCCCAAAGAUUUUACGGACCGAAACCAGUAUGCUCUUCUGUUAAUAAUGGAUGAAGAACCAGGAGGCCAGCUGGUAACAGAUAAGUUCCAUAUUGACUGGGAUUCAGUACUUGUUGACACAGAUAACAUCAUCAUUGCACGGUUUGAUGGAAGAGGAAGUGGAUUUCAGGGCCUGAAAAUUUUGCAAGAGAUUCAUCGACGAUUAGGCUCAGUGGAAGUAAAGGACCAAAUAGCAGCUGUGAAAUUUUUACUGAAACAGCCAUACAUUGACUCCAAAAGAUUAAGCAUUUUUGGAAAGGGCUAUGGUGGCUAUAUUGCAUCCAUGAUCUUAAAAUCAGAUGAAAAACUUUUUAAAUGUGGAUCAGUGAUUGCACCCAUUAUAGACUUGAAGUUGUAUGCCUCAGCUUUCUCUGAAAGAUAUCUUGGUAUGCCAUCAAAAGACGAAAGCACAUACCAGGCAUCUAGUGUACUACAUAAUAUUCAUGGCUUAAAAGAAGAAAAUAUAUUAAUAAUCCAUGGGACGGCUGACACCAAAGUUCAUUUCCAGCAUUCAGCAGAAUUAAUCAAACACCUAAUAAAAGCUGGAGUGAACUAUACUAUGCAGGUCUACCCAGAUGAAGGCCAUAACGUAUCUGAGAAGAGCAAGUAUCAUCUCUACAGCACAAUUCUCAGAUUCUUCAGUGAUUGUUUAAAGGAAGAAAUACCAGCGUUACCACAGGAACCAGAAGAAGAUGAAUAAAGGACCCUAUUUAUAUAGAGCUGAAGGGGAUAUUGAGGCUCAAUGGAACCUAACUGAGAGACUGUAAUAUGUAAUAUUGUAGAUGCUCCAGAAUUUCAAGGGCAGCUUAAGGAGAUGACAUUGGAACAGCACACUCAGAAACAAUGAACUAGAAUUUGAAUACAGAAGUCCAUGUCUACUGUGUUGCCAAGGGUGCAGAACCUGUUUCUUUGUGUAAGAAAAGUCAAAGGGUUGGUUUCCGGGGAGAAAUUAGUUUUGCAUUAAAGUAGGAGUAGUGCAUGUUUUCUUCUGUUAUCCCCCUAUUUGUUCUGUAAUUAAUUGCUCUCAUUUUAAUUUCAGUGGCCACCGUCAUCUUUGCAUAUAAUGCACAACUUCUCAGUACUACAGUCCCUGAUCUUUGAUGGCCAAGCUGCAAUCUAACACUUUACUGUACCUUUAAAAUAAGUGCAAUUCCUUCAUUGUCUAUUAUGAUGCUUAAGAAAAGAGUCAGUUAAUAAAACCAGAGUAUUUUAUGUAACUUCUGUUUAUAAAAAGACAUUUUUAAAUGGGUCACAGGUCAUGUAGAAAUAUGGGUUUCAGCACCUUCCAAAGUUCAACCAGUUAUCAGUAGAUACAAUAUCUUUAAGUCAACACAUGAGUGUACGUCUCACAAUAUGUAUACACACGUGUGCAUAUGCAGUCAAUAAAUCUAUCUUUAUGUGUUAUUCAUGCUACAAAGGAUAAACUUGAUGACUUAGAAGAGAUGCUUACAGGCUGUAAUGGAUGCUUUGUUAAUGAGCCAAAUAUGAUGAAAUUUUUUUUUUCCAAUUCAAAUUCUAGCUAUUGCUUUCCUAUAAAUGUUUGGGUUGUGUUUGGUAUUGUUUUUAGUGGUUAAUAGUUUUCUAGUUGCAAUUUAAUUUUUUGAAUAUGAUACCUUGUCACAUGUAAAUUAGGUACUUAAAUAUUAAAUUAUAGUUUCUGAUAAAGAAAUUUUGUUAACAAUACUAUACCACUGAGUGCUAUUUUGCUCUUUUGGUGGAAAAUGCUUUUUUAAAACACUUAAUCCUUUUUCUUCUCUCAAUGAAAAACCAAUUCUCAUUUUCAUUGUCAAAGCAAAGAGCUGGAUUAUUUCAUUUGCCAGUUCUUAUUUAGUAUCCCAUGCCUGCCCAAUGCAUCUGUUACUGUUUAAUUUAAAUCCUUUUGGUGAGAUUUAGAAAUGAAAUACUUUUUAUUCAUUGGCCAAAAAAGUUCACAAACUGCAGUGUUUACUAUUUAAGGCACAAAAUGCAUUAAUUUCUGUGCUGUGUUGACUUGCAGUAGUGAGUAAUUGAGAGUGUAAAAUAAACUUGACUGUAAUGAAGUCAAUUUAAGUCAUGAGAAUAUUAACUUUUCUGACAAAAGUUCCAGUUUCACUGGAGGGAACUUCCAGGAGAAGAGACAUCCAAAACUCAAGCACAGAAGUUCAGAUAAAUAUAGGCAGAAGACUGGGUUUUGGUGGUUUUAAAAAUUCCUUAGGACAGGCUAGAUUAUGAUGACAUCAGAAUACCAGGAGGAAACUUAAAAAUUUCAUGGAAUUGCUCAGUAACCCUCUUGUUUUGUGAAGGCAUCAACCCCAAAAGCUGGGUGUUUGGAAACACAUAAGUUGUUUUUUGGGUAUUCUGCUUUUCUCCCAGAUUCUUUGGAGUUGCAUCUUCACUGCUGUGUUGGAUUCCAUUUAAAAUGGGAAAAACUUUUGAAAGACCCAUUCCAGGUCUUUUUCAAGACUAGUAAAACACAUUU